GUGGAGUUGUCCUCCACACAGCCAGUAGGUGGCAGUAAUGUCGCCUGGGAGCCUCAGCGGGCUGCUCGCAGCUGCCGCAGAAGAAGAUGGGCCGUUGACAAGAGGAGAAGCCCUUUUGAGUGAGCGAAGUAACGUUACAUGAGUCGAGUUUACUUUUAAUCCUUAGACGUAGUUUGUGUGUGUGUGUGGUCGUAGUCGUGUUUAGUUCGGGAUGUCAUCGAAAAUGAUCCUUACCGUGAAACCCCUUCAAGGAAAAGAAUGCAGUGUGCAGGUGACUGAAGAUGAAAAAGUUGCCAGGGUGAAAGAACUUGUGUCCGAACAUCUCAACAUACCAGCAGACCAGCAGCGGUUGCUCUAUAAAGGGAAGGCGCUUGCAGAUGAACACAGACUGAGUGAUUACUCCAUUGGACCAGAGGCUAAACUGAAUCUGGUGAUCCGUCCAGUGGGUGAGAGGACUGCAGCUUCAGGGAUGGCUGCCAGCAGCAGCAGUAGCUACGGCGGUGGCACACAUAGAGGAGUGUGGCAGACGGUGUCCAUGAUACUUGCUCGACACUUUAGUCCAGCAGAUGCAGCAAAAGUCCAUGAACAGCUUAUUAAGGACUAUGAGCGUUCACUGCGACAACUGAGUCUCGAUGACAUUGAGCGCUUAGCGGGUAGACUCCUUUACCCAGACGGUGAGGGGAUGGACACCUCAUACAUGGACUGAGAAUGAAUGCCUAGCCGGAAGUUGCUUUAUGUGAUUGUCAUUCUAGAGGUGCUCAGUGCCCUAGAUGCAUUCAGUGUUUAGAGUAUGAGGCAUGGACAAUACAGUAUCAGUUUUCCAGCACAGAGGCCUAAUCAGUGGCUGAGUGAACACGGAUAACACGGACUGUCUUAACAACAGGGCUUUCUUAUCCAAGACCAAAGUAGUUGGAUAAGAAAACUUUGUCAAUAUGAAUCGGUCCUCGUCAUUGAUGUCACAGUCAAGACACGAGGCCUGAUCACAAUAUUUGUAUACAAAGGAAUCCAUUUAUGCAGUUUGUUUCACAUUAUCUCUGGCUGCUACAACUCCCAGGGGACACUCACUUUUACUGGAGGGUAUUUAUUAGCAGUGUCUGUGUUAGGUGAUGAUUGCUGGGUGUUUUCUGUUAAUCAUCUAUGCGAAGGUGAUACAUGUUUUAUCCCAUAAAUACCUGAUGGCAAUGUAUAAUUUGUAAAUAUGUUUAUAUAUAUACAUACAAUAAAACACAAAAAAGACA